AUGUCGUACAAGCGUGGCACCUGCUUGGGGUUCAUUAUGCUCCUCAUGGUCUGUCACCAUCAUGCCAAGGGGAAACCACUGUCCAGCCUGCAGAGCUUGUCCAGGUUGCUGGAGGAUAAUUUUGAGCGUUCCUAUGGUUCUGAUGAGGCAGAUCAGCAGCUUGUACCGACCGAUUCCUUGGACCAGCUGGACCCAGAACUUCAGUGGAACAAAAACCGGGUCGAGCAAGGCGAAGGUCCUCAUGUUAACGAGAUGACGCUUCAGCAGCUGCUAAACGACCCCGUCGGCACAUCACGAAGAUACAGACAGAGAAGCAAAAAGGGCUAUUCUAGGGGAUGUUUCGGGGUGAAGCUGGACAGAAUCGGAGCAUUCAGUGGGCUGGGCUGCUGA